AUGUCCGGGCUCAGAAGUCAGCUGACGGUGAGGCAUCAUAUAAACCCAGAGCUAGCUCCCACCCUGCAUUGCAGUGCUCACAACUGAACACAAUAUCCUGAUAAAGACACUCGAUAGGACAACACGGACUUCAACCGCGCAGUCAUGCUGUACUUCGCUCUGUUUUUCGUCUCCGCAGGUAAUAUGACACACGUUACAACGGAACGAUUUGAUUAGUGUAAUGUUAGCUAGCUACAUAGUUGUCUUUGUGUCAAAGAUAAAGGUGUAGUAUAGAGAAACUAUCGAGGUUAGCUAGCCAGAUACAUUCGUUCGCAGCGACGCCGUUUUUCAAACAAAGUCAACACCGCAGCCAUUGCUAGCUAGCCAACACUACCAGCACUGUAGCAACUACAUACGAUGUCAUUUUUAGUCAAUGAGAAAUUUUGCAACGUAAAGCUUCACUUCUCUGAACAUUCGAGAUGUGUAGUUCACUUGUGUAGCUAGCAUGACUGACUUUGUGCUAGCUAGCCAACGUUUUUAAUUAUUUCUGCGUUAUGAAAGGAACUAACUGUACUGUAGCUAAUGCCUGUUAGGUAACUUCCUGCUAGCUGGCUAACGUUACUAUAGCUACUGUAGCUAGCUAACGAUAGAUAUUUGGCUAGCCAGCAAGGUACUCUGACAAUGUUAGUUGUAGCUAGUCGCGAUUGAGUCACUUUUAGCCAACGGACACAAUGUUGUUACAGUAAUAAAAAAUUAAAAAAGCCACGAUAUAUAAUAUCAAAGCAACUCACGUUAACGGAUUUUAUAUCAGACAUUGGUGUGACGCAUUAGUUAGCUGAACAACAGAGUUGCUAGCCCUGCCAAUGUUUUUCUUACACCUGACCUGUUUUUUUUUUUACACCCGUCUGCACAUGUUCAUGGCAGUGAUGACACAACUGUUAUAUCACCAUGUAUUAUUGGAUAUCACACACUUGUGGUACAUGUAAACAAAACAGAAGUGUACAGUGAGUCUGUACUUCCCCUUUCUUAUGCAGAGAAUCUAUAUGGAAACAAAGUAUGGUUCUGUUUUCUUCCCAAAUCACACUCCCUCUAACCUGCUCCCCUAUUCAGUCUUUAAUUUAUAAUCACAUUUUAUUCUAACGGUAAAAUGCUUACUUAUGGGUCGUUCUUGAUGUAGUCCAUCCACGACGGAGUCAGCUUUGGACAGGCGCAUGAUAGGCCCACCUUUUUAAUGUAAACAAAUGCCGUCAUAUCCUCCUAGUUCAUACGGCCAACUACAUUCCUAAUGCAGCAGAGCCAAAACGGGGCAAAGUGUGUAGGACCGGUUGGCCAACCUCAUGUACAUGAGUGGGUAGGUAGGUGGGGGAGGGGCUGUACAUUCCUGUGGGAGAGACUACCUUCCUGUGAGAGACGAGACAUCAAGCCAACUCGCGUUAUAGACUUAAUAGCUGCUUAUUUAUAAUCAAAUAUGUUUACAUAGCUAGCGAGGCUAAUUGCGGCUGCAGUCCAUGCGCUUUCUCAUCCUACAGUUACUAAUAAUUCCAUUCAGAAUAUAAAGUAGCAGCCUACCUGUUGGCUCUUGGUCGUUGUAGCACUAUCCUUCUCCUUUUAACUGUUUUUAUUCUGUCAUUUUAAAUCUGUCUUCCAUUGAUUUAGAUAUCUCCUCACUUUUGCCACAUGGCUGCUCUGACUGUAGCUUAUUGCUGCGUUGAUGACUUGUGAUUGGCUAACAACAAGCUCCUCUCUGGUGACAAGCAAGAGCAGCAUCAUUCAGUUAUAAAAAUGUCUCUCUACUGCAGCAGUCUGUUAGGAUCUGUAUGGACCCUUCCAGACAAAAGGGUCCAUACUUCAGUUAAAGUUACACGUACCUGGGACCCGUGACUAUCAGAUCAGACCCGUGACUAUCAGAUCAGACCCGUGACUAUCAGAUCAGACCCGUGACUAUCAGAUCAGACCCGUGACUAUCAGAUCAGACCCGUGACCUUGUUUAGAAUUCUGGAUACGGACCCCCUCUCGGGUAUUUGGGAACAGGUUUCUCAGCGAAGACCUCUAGUACAGAGAUUUACAUUUUAGUCAUUUAGCAGACGCUCUUAUCCAGAGCAACUUACAUGAGCAAUUAGGGUUAAGUGCCUUGCUUAAGGGCACGUCGACAGAUUUUUCACCUAAUCGGCUCGGGGAUUAGAACCAGCAACCUUUCGGUUACUUGCACAACGCUCUUACCCACUAAGCUACCAGCCGCCCAUUAACGUUGUCUGGCUGCUACUAACUGAGCAAAGAUGAGAUGAUGAUGACUUUAAGGAACGAAAAAUAAUACUCAUAUAAAAUCUAUGUGAAAUAACAACUGAAAUGUUGUAUUAUUUCAUAGUAAUUUACUAUUCUAUUGAUGUCUACCCAAUGUGGAUCUGACAGACAAUGGAAUAUUUUCAAUGUUUUGACAAUGGAAUGUUCACCAUUUUUGGUUUUGAAAUGUCCAUUAAAAAGCUCAAAUUUGUCAUUAUUUCAUAAUGCAUUUCGAGUUUUAAAAAAAAUAUAUAUAUAUUUGAAAACACAAAAAAAAGUGCCUUUUUAUAAUAAUCCGACCUAGAAAUUUACUAAUCGCUCAGCACUAUGAUUCAGAGCCAGUCUUUUUGCUGAUUGCUACCUAAUACGUUCUCUAAAUCAAUCAUGCAGUCUGUCACGUCCCCUAUGGAACCCCUAUGCUAAAUAAGCAAAACUCACUUCCCUAUUGGCUAGUGUCAUUACAAUGGGCUUUGUUGUAAUAAACACGAACAAGCUUGUUACCUUUGCUCUAGUAUCCUAGUUUGAUCAGGAGAUCGAGAGGUGCUUAUUGCUGCUGUGACAAUGUGUUUUUUUAAAAAAAAAUUUAUAGCUAGCUUGUUCCUUGUUCCUUGUUGACUUGUGUAGUAUUUUGGAUUUGGAACACACUGUGAGAUAGCAACUGUCUAGUAGACGCUCCACUUCUUAUCACAGUGGGUGCCAGUUAUAUGAUUACUCAUAGUGCAAAAAGGGUCAGUGCAGAUAGCCACUAACUCUUUUGACUCCUCACAGACGCUGCUGCUACUGUUUUUAUUUUCUAUCCUGUUGCCUAGUCACUUUAUCCCUACCUAAUAUGUACAUAUCUACCUCAAUUACCUUGUACUCCUGCACAUCGACUUGGUACUGUCACCCUGUGUAUAUAGUGAAGUUAUCGUUACAUUUGCAUCAUUUAGCAGACGCUCUUGUCCAGAGCGACUUACAAAUUGGUGCAUUCAACUUAGGAUAGCAAGUGGGCCAACUACUUUUUUGUCUUUUUUUUUUUGUGGGGGGGGGUAGAAGGAUUACUUUAUACUAUUCUGUAGCAGUCAGGGGAUAGGCUAGCUGUAGGUGAUAGGCUAGCUGUAGCGGAUAGGCUAGCUGUAGCGGAUAGGCUAGCUGUAGCGGUUAGGGGAUAGGCUAGCUGUAGGGGAUAGGCUAGCUGUAGCGGUUAGGGGAUAGGCUAGCUGUAGCGGUUAGGGAAUAGGCUAGCUGUAGCGGUUAGGGGAUAGGCUAGCUGUAGGGAAUAGGCUAGCUGUAGGGGAUAGGCUAGCUGUAGCAGUAUUUUCUGCUGCUUUGUGCUGUCAUGUGAUGUUGAUUGAUUCACGUCUCAGUUGAGUGAUGUAGGCUACAAGCAGCUCUGAGGCAUGCUAUUAUGCUUCAUCAAACUCAAACGUAAGAUUAAACGUGGCUGGCUGUUUUUACUACAGGCCCAGUCAGUCAAGCUGUGGCCUGUUCCAGUCCUUGUGACGCUGUUUACUGUAAACUGCAGGCCCAGUCAGUCAAGCUGUGGCCUGUUCCAGUCCUUGUGACGCUGUUUACUGUAAACUGUAGGCCCAGUCAGAGUCAAGCUGUGGCCUGUUCCAGUCCUUGUGACGCUGUUUACUGUAAACUGCAGGCCCAGUCAGAGUCAAGCUGUGGCCUGUUCCAGUCCUUGUGACGCUGUUUACUGUAAACUACAGGCCCAGUCAGAGUCAAGCUGUGGCCUGUUCCAGUCCUUGUGACGCUGUUUACUGUAAACUGCAGGCCCAGUCAGAGUCAAGCUGUGGCCUGUUCCAGUCCUUGUGACGCUGUUUACUGUAAACUGUAGGCUAACAGAGCAGCACACUCUUAUAAUGUAGGCUGUUAUGAUGUUUCUCCCCCUUGUAAUGUUUCCAGAGUAGGUGGUUAAAAACGUUAUUUAUAAACUGGGUGGUUUAAGCCAUGAAUGGUGAUUGGCUGACAGCCGUGUUAUCAAACCGUAUUUACAUUUACGUCAUUUAGCAGACGCUCUUAUCCAGAGCGACUUACAAAUUGGUGCAUUCAACUUAUGAUAGCCAGUGGGACAACCACUUUUUUUUUGGUGGGGGAGGGGGUAGAAGGAUUACUUUUAUACUAUUCCAGGUAUUCCUUAGAGGUAGGCUUUCAAGUGUCUCCGGAAGGUGGUCAGUGACUCUGCUGUCCUGGCGUCGUGGGGGAGCUUGUUCCACCAUUGGGGUGCCAGAGCAGCGAAUAGCUUUGACACUGGUAUGAUAAAAGAUACAUUUUUACUGCUCUAAUUACGUUGGUAACCAGUUUAUAAUAGCAAUAAGGCACCUCAGGUUUGUGGUAAAUUACCAAUAUACCACGGCUAAGAGCUGUAUCCAUGCACUCCGGGUUGCGUCGCGCAUAAGAACAGCCCUUAGCCGUGGUAUAUUGGCCAUAUACCAUUCCCCUUGGGGCGUUAUUGCUUAAUUAUACUAUAAGAUCUAUGCUGACUCACUGACAUUCUCCAACGAGCAAAGCCUUUAUGAUAGUCAGACAAUGAUGAAACAUGUCCUUGUGAUCGCUAAGCCCAUCACGUCAUAUUGAGCAACAGCUUGUUUUUGUCUGCCCAGUCAUGUGACCUGACCGCUGAGGAGGGAAAUGGAGGGGUGGGUGGCUAUUAUCAGCAUGUGAACAUGUUGGGUUGCCUAAUGCCUUAGAUGCCUGGGUCGUGUUUCAUAGGGCGUACUGUAGAAAAAUGUUUUGCAACGUAAAAAAAAAAUGAAAAGGCGCGUUUCUCAUUGGACAAGUACAGAUAGUACCUCCCCCCUGUUCUGAAUGUUUUGUUGCUUACUUAAACACAUUCCCUGUCAUGUCUGCUAUCUCUCGUCAGGCUGCUAUCACAACGACCCACUCCAUACGGGUCCAGCCUCAGCAUGUAGGCUAUUGAUCCAGCACCACUAGGCUAACUAUGGAAUGUCUGCUGAGUAAUCGGUUCCUUUUGUCACAUGAUUAACCAUCUAUCACAUUGAUGGUUUUAUUUGGCAGCGGCUGUGUAUCCAUCAGCUUCUCUGGCGUUCCUCUCUCGGUCAAUGCAACAUUUUGGCCUUACGUGCCUGAAUCUGACAUCCCCAGAAUAUUUUUCAGCAUCUCGGCAAAUACAUAAUCUUGUAGGCUAAACCUUCUCCUUCUUUGCAGAUGGUUUCAUGACCGUUGGUCUGUGUUAUGCUUUUCCUUUUCAAGGCCAACUGUGAAAUAUAUUGCUGUUUUUGUUUAUAACCUAGCCAUUGAUACCAAGUGACUUGUUUUCUCCAGCUGAAGGAGUAUUGGACAUUGACCUAGCUAUGACUACUGUCUAGGUCGAACAGAGUUGGGUUGCUGCUUUCCUCUGGUUUCACAGGGUUUCUUGGUAGGAUCUGUUUCCAUAAAACAUUUGCUUCAUUUCUUUAUCCCAGAGGCCAAUAUGAGGAUGUUUGAUUCUGAACAGAUAAGGAACCACAAACCACCACCUCUCUCUCUCUCGCGCUCCCUCUCUCUCUCUGUGUAGGCUAGCUUACUAACCUAUGGACAAUGGUGACCUGGGUCAUGUUUAGACGCCAAAUGGAACAACCAUGUUUAGAAAAUGAGUCAAACAGGGAGGCAGCAUAGCAUGCCGUCUGGAGUUAUCUCCAAUAAGACGCUGCCGUUUUCUGCUGCAAAAGGUUUUGCUAGCCUGAUUUUUACCGGACCUUCAGUUCAGGCAUUGUUUCAGGGGACUGGUGGGUCAGGGCAGCAGCGACAGUCGGAAGGCUUUGGCUGUGUAUGUAAUGUGGAACCUACAGUACAUGGCAUGCUAAAGUGAAUUGGGAAAGUGCGCGACCCAGGAUUUGUCUUGUUUUGAUGUGUAUGUGCUGGUUUUAUACAACUACAUUAACCUUUUUACUGCCAUGACAUCCACUUCAGGGGAAAUCAGUUUGUCUUUAACUUGUUUUGUCUUAGGCCUAGAUUGCUGUUGCGUAAUCUAAGCCAUUGCAGUAGUCAUUUUAAAGAAGCCCUGUUUGCAAUAAGGUCACUAUGGGUGUUUCUCAAUAUGCACACUACCGCGCUCCACUCUCAUGCUCCGAGGAUGUUCUCUUGUAUAUUCUUGUCAGGACGAGAGUGUAUAUAACUAAUAAAACAUUACGUUUUGAGAAGCACUCUCAUGCCCCCUACUGUAUUACCUCACGCUGCACCUCCCCGUUCACUGGGUAGCUAGCUAGCCAGUUAACCCUAUUGACUUACUAUGGACUUACCCAUUCACUGAACCUUCUUCCAGCCGGGACGACGGCAACAACCGAGAGGAACAAGAAAUGCACAAAGCAAACGUUUUUACAUCGUGACUAUCAGCUAGCUAUAUGUGAAUUGUAAUAAUCUUGCUAACCAGAUAGUUUAACAGGCAAUGACCUAAAACUAAUGUUAUGCACAGUAGAUGGCAAUUCGUGGGUAGCUAGCUGCCAGUUCUUCGUGGCUAUCUAGCUAGCUAAGCCUUAUUGACUAACUAUGGCCUUGUGGUCUACAUAGCCAUUUAACGUUAGCCCUAGUGUUGUAGGCAGGUAAACAUGCAAAAAUUAACACUAUGUAAUUAUUAACAUAUCUAGAUAAAUAUAUUUUAUUUGGGCAACAUUUCAUUCCAAAGUCAGUUUAUUUUCUCUCACCUCAGCUAAAAUAAUGGCCGCCAUUGAUCUCAAUAAAUGUUAAAUUACGCAAACUAAUACUUUAUUUUAUUAUACAUAUUAAUAAACAUUGUUUUGCCCUUUUUUUCGUGACAUCCAAUUGGUAGUUAGUCUUGUCCCAUCACUGCAACUCCCCUAUGGACUCGAGAGGCGACGGUCGUGAGGCAUGCAUCCUCCGAAACACUGACCCUGCCAAGCCGCACUGCUUCUUGACACAUUGCUCGCAUUACCCCGGAAGCCAGCCGCACCAAUGUGUUGGAGGAAACACCGUCCAGCUGGUGACUGAAGUCAGCUUGCAGGCGCCCGGCCCACCACAAGGAGUCGCUAGUGCGCGAUGGGACAAGGAAAUCCCGUCCGGCCAAACCCUCCCCUAACCCGGACGACACUGGGACGAUUGUGCGCCGCCUCAUGGGUCUCCCGUUCACGUCCGGCUGAUGAGAGUCAUCUAAAUAUGUGGCUUUAUCUCCUAGCUAUAGGACAGACACUUUAACACCGUAUUCCUUAGGAUUUCUUUUUGACUCUGUUUUGACAUUUUAUUAUGCGUUUCUAUGGCUAUAGCAGUAAAGGCCCAAAUCAUUUAGAGGUUAAUUUAUGUUUUACUGUAGGCCUACUUCUAAUCCAAUGACUGGCUCAGUUGGUAGAGCAUGGUGCUUGCAACGGCAGGGUUGUGUGUUCGAUUCCCACAGGGGACCAGUACGAAAAUGUAUGCACUCAUUGCUUUUACUGUAAGUCGCUCUGGAUAAGAGCGUCUGCUAAAUGACUAAAAUGUAACAUACUAUGUUAAUCCAAGAAUAGGGCAGUGUAAUUUUUCAAACACUUUUUGUGUAACACUUUUCUGUUACACUGACCAACAGUUUGGGAUAGAUUAAACAUAUUUGAUUUUUCUCUCUCUUUUCUAGCCGUCGCCACCCCCCUGUUGGGGACUGAACAGUGUGCCCGUGGUCCCCACUACUGGUGCCACAAUGUGAAGACUGCCUCCAUCUGUGGCGCCGUAGUCCACUGCCAGCAGAACGUAUGGAACCAGCCCCAGAUGGUGAGACACUAGCCUGCUUUAUCUAGCAAGUUAUUGACUUAUUGAAGGGGGAAAGGUCUAGACCGGCGUUUCACAAACUCUGUCCUGAGGCCCCCCCCCCCCCCGGGUACACAUUUUAGUUUUUUGCCCUAGUGCUACACAGCUGAUUCAAAUAAUCAAAGCUUGACGAUGAGUUGGUUACUUGAAUCAGCGGUGUAGUGCCAGGGCAAGAACCAAAAUGUGCACGGGGGGGGGAACGCUGGACUAGACCCACGUCUUUACCCUGUGUAAAAUGGCUGAACAGUGGGCAUUGUUUAUCCCGACCUUUGGUUUUCUUACUCUAAUCAUCUCCCUCCUGCUGUUUCAGAAAUCCGUGCCAUGUGACCUGUGUAAGGAGGUGCUGGCUGUGGUGGACCAGCUGCUGAAAGACAAUGCUACCGAGGUCAGUCAUGGAGGAUGAAUGUGGGGAAAGUUCCACCAUUUUUGUUGUUAUUGCUGGAAAAACCAAUUCAUGCUCUGCCAAAGAACAAUUUUGGCUUUCUUCCAACCAGCGUACACACAAUCGGUGCAUAUAUGCCGGAACUGUUUUCCAGUCCCCAAAUUGAGUUCAUAAGACGCAACCGUUCCUCUUGAGUAGUUGGAUAGCAGUCGUUCUCCCAGAGGGAGAGGUUAGAUCGACAACAGCUGGUGAAGACAGACAAUGUGUUCUGAGGCUGUGAGAUCUCUUAAGUGUGUGUGUUUUCUAGGGUGAGAUCCUGGGCUACAUGGAGAAGGCCUGUACCUUGAUCCCUGACAAGAGCCUGUCUGCGGAGUGUAAGGAGCUGGUGGACAGCUACUACCCCAUCCUCGUGGGUAUCAUCACUGGAGAACUGGUACGUACUAUAGACCUAUAAUAACUGGACUGUUAACAGCCAUAACAUGAUUUUUUUUUUUUUUUUUAUUAAAACAUUCCUAUGAAAGAUUUUCGGUGUUAGACAGCCAAAUCACAGCUGAACUGAUAAGCAAAAAGUUGACUGGAUGCCUGUUGGCCCUGAUAUCUACCAUACAGUUUAGUCAGAGGACCGUAAUCUGUUGUGACUGAAUGGAGAUAUUAGAUUUUGCAAAAAGUUUUAUAACGUUUGACAAUGAGGUAAAGCAACAUUUUGAGGACCACUUGAUGAGAGAUGACACGUUCUAUAAUCCUACGCAUUGAAUGUUGUCACUACAGGACACCACUGAAGGUGCUUGGCGUGAGACUGGCAUAGGCAUUAGAUCUGAUUUUUAAGAGUUUGAGCUCUCUGGAGUAAAGAUCAUUUAUUGUUAAGUAAAACGUAUUCCUUUAUCAGACUCCAUCUGUCUGUUGUGACACAAAGGGGCAACACAGUGGAGCUUGUUUGUGUGUGUGUGGGCUGGGGACUAGUGAAGGAGAGGCAUUUAGGAUGCUCGCUAGUGGGUGCUCUGUUCACACAGACAGACUGCUCUUUGUGGGCCUCUACUGCUUCCUGUGACUGACAGGCUAAAUGCUGCAUCCUCUAUAGUUCAACCCGCUAUGGCUAUUGCACCAGAUGGACAGCAAUACAUAUAGAUGAUUUUAAGACUGUUCCUGGACACAAACACUUACAGUGGAGAUUCUUUUUUUAGUCCUGGAGUAGCCCUAGUCUGGGUCUGAAGUGGAAAACUGACCCUGAGAGUUACAUUGUUGUGUGUGUCACAGAAUGUUGGUUGCACCUUUUUUUAAUUGGGGAGGACGGACUCAUGGUAAUGGCUGGAACUAAAUAAAUGGAAUGGUAUCGAAGUCGUCAAACGUUUGAUUCCAUUCCAGCCAUUAUUAUAAUAAGCGGUCAUCCCCUCAGCAGCCGUGUGUGUGAGGAACAGUAGUGAGUUAAUGGUGGCGUGGUAGUGAGACGUGCAUGUUGUAGUGACCCUAAAGUGGGUGCUGAUUCUGGGUUCCAGGAGGACCCCCAGGUGGUGUGUGGCGCCAUGGGUCUGUGUGAGACCCAGCAGGCAGCUCUGGCCAGGCUGGCUGAACUCCAGUCCAACCAGAUCCCCCAGCUCACGUCCAAUGAGAUCCCUCGGGUAGACCUGGCCCAGAGGGUCGCCCCCUUCCUCCUCAACGUCCCUGGGCUCCUCUACCCCCAGCAGGAAGCUGCCCCAAAACAGCAGGAAGCUGCCCCAAAACAGGUACAUGGUCAUACGUCUUUGUGACGUCUGAAAGGGCUUUACGGAGAGAGAGAGAAAAAAUAGAUUCUGCAUUUGAUUUCCUAUUACACCUAAUCUAGAUGCACCUGGGUUGUGUUCAGUAGGGCACAAAGUACCAAAUUGUUUUGCAACGGAAAACUGAAAUCAGUGCUCUCAUUGACAAAUUCUGUCUGUACCGCCCCAUUUCAAAACAUUCCCCUACUGAACACGACCCGGUACCAACUUUAAACUACUACUGAUUCAUAUUGGUAUGUGUGUAGAGGUAACUGCUACUCCUCAUUCACUAGUGAAUGUCUUCUGUCCCCUGUAGGAGAGUGGAGACGUGUGUGAGGACUGUGUGAAGUUCAUCACAGACACCCAGGACGAGGCUAAGAGCAACUCCACCUUCGUCAACUCUCUGAUCGAACAGAUCCAGAACCAGUGUGACCUGCUGGGACCUGGCAUCUCUGACCUGGUGAGAGGACUAGUUAUCUAGUUAGUUACAGAUCCAGAACCAGUGUGACCUGCUGGGACCUGGCAUCUCUGACCUGGUGAGAGGACUAGUUAUCUAGUUAGAUACAGAUCCAGAACCAGUGUGACCUGCUGGGACCUGGCAUCUCUGACCUGGUGAGAGGACUAGUUAUCUAGUUAGAUACAGAUCCAGAACCAGUGUGACCUGCUGGGACCUGGCAUCGCUGACCUGGUGAGAGGACUAGUUAUCUAGUUAGUUACAGAUCCAGAACCAGUGUGAUCGCUGACCUGGUGAGAGGACUGGGUUUUAUAACAAGGGAGGACAGAGAAAUACAAUUUAUUUUCACUAGAGUGAAAUAAAUUGGCUUUCUUACCCAAGAUCAGGGCUCUCCAACCCUGUUCCUGGAGAGUUAGGUUAAUUACAACUGGGGUUGGAGCGAAAACCUACAGGAGGGUAUCUCUCCAGGAACAGGGUUGGAGUUAAAACCUACAGGAGGGUAGCCCUCCAGGAACAGGAUUGGAGAGGCUUUAUUUAAAAAUAUUCUUGCAUAUAUCUCCUUAACAAAUAUAUAUAUAUUUCCCUUUAUUACUUUCCAACCCCGCCACCCCUUCCCUACUUGGGGUAAACUAGUGAACAACAAUGCUUAGGCCUCUACUUCCAGCUUAUACAUACUAUCUACAUUUUAUGGACACAGUCAAUUUUACAAUAAUUCUAUUUUGUCUGUUUUUACUCCUGAACUUGCUCUACCCUCAACCUCCGAUCAUUUUCAUGACGUCCAUCCGGUUUGCUUCGAUCUUUCUGGAGAGGCUUGCGGCCUAGUACUUUUAAUCUAUGAAGCUAGGAGAGCACAUGGUUAUAAAAUGUCCUGUCCUCUCCUGUGUUUCAGUGCAAGCAGUACGUCAGCCAGUACGCUCCUCUCAUUGUCCAGGAGCUUAUGUCUAUGGUGAGUAACUCCUCCUUCUACGUGAUCUAAGUUCCAGCGUUAAACCAUUUAACAAUACCUCUCAUCAUUUAGCCCAUAGUUCUGCGUAAUAUUACCAGUGGUGUAAAGUACUUAAGUAAAAAAUACUUUAAAGUACUUAAGUUUUUCUGGGUCUGUACUUUACUUCACUCCUAAAGAAAAUAAUGUACUUUUUACUCCAUACAUUUUCCCUGACACCCAAAAGUACUCGUUAGAUUUUGAAUGCUUAGCAGGACAGGAAAAUGGUCCAAUUCACACACCUAUCAAGAGAACAUCCCUGGUCAUCCCUACUGCCUCUGAUCUGGUGGACUCACUAAACAUAUGCUUAGUUUGUAAAUGGUGUUGUAGUGUUCCCCUGGCUAUCCGUAAAGAAAUAAAAAAUCAACAAAUUUGUGCCGUCUGGUUUGUUUAAUGUAAGGAAUUUAAAAAUGAUUUAUACUUUCGAUACUUAAGUACAUUAUAGCACAAUAGAUCCAUUUAGCCCAUACCACUACCCCACCUAGCCUGCUGAUUUCAUUCAUCUUUAAUCACUCGUUUUAUUUGUAUUCUUCCCUCUCUCCUCAUCCCCUCCUCCAUUCAUGUACCUCUUUUUGCUCUCUCUCCCCCUGCUCUGGGGUUGCUCUCUGGUCUCCAGGAACAGGUAGGUCUCUCUCUGUGUUCAGCUUUGAGUCUCUCACCCUUCAGGCUGUGGCCACACAGUGACUUGGAUCAAAUUGUAUUACGCAUUCAUCACUGUUCGAUUUUAGGAUUUUUUUUUUGUCCUGCAAAAGUUCCAGUUACAUAUGCAUUAAGGCCGACAUAUGUGGGUUUUUUAAAUUUGACAAGACAAUCCUGUCCAUUGUCCAUCCUUCAACGGAUGACGCCCAUUGAAAAAACUAUCUAUUUUUCAGACACACAAUCUGUCUGCCCACAGCCUUAGCAUCUGCUUCCUGUACUGUCUGCCCACAGCCUUAGCAUCUGCUUCCUGUACUGUCUGCCCACAGCCUUAGCAUCUGCUUCCUGUACUGUCUGCCCACAGCCUUAGCAUCUGCUUCCUGUACUGUCUGCUUCCUGUACUGUCUGCUUCCUGUACUGUCUGCCCACUAGUGCCACUUACUUUAAAUAGUCACCUUGACUGCUCUAGAACUGUGUCCCAAUGUUGUUCUGUUUAUUUGUGCUGGAUGCAAAUCAUCUUUAGGUUGAAAGCCAUCAAGCUUCUUUUGGAAAUAUAUUUUAUGUGCAUGUCUUGAUACUAGACUGCAGAUGGGUCAAUGUAAUGUUUUCUUCCUCUUUUCAUGCCACAAACAUGAAUGACUGUCACUACCAAAAUGAUAGUCUUAAUGCCUCAUUAGUGUCUGCAACCAUCUGAACUGGGUGCAUAUUGCCCUAUGCACACCUCUGGCUCUAGAACCAUUUUACAAAGAGACUUAUGGGUUGGUGGCUUAGACUGUGUAUUGUAUGGGUACUUAUUGUGAGGGCAGUGUGUGGGUUUUAAAAUUUGAUUGCAUGAUAACACUGUAGAACGUAUAGCAUGGCUCGUCAUCCUAACAGCAUGUGAUGAAACAUUUUCUGAGGUAUGAAUGUAUCCAAAUGUCCAUUCUGACAUUCUCCCCCCCCCCUCUCAGCAACCCAAGGAUAUCUGUGCCUUCGCUGGCUUCUGCUCUGCUGAUGUGAAGAGCUCUGUCCCCAUGAUGAAGCUGGUGGCCGCCAAGGCCAUCCCCGUUGCCAAGGCCAUCCCUGCUGUCAAACUGGUUCCUGCCACUAAGAUGGAGGCUGCCAAGCCUGCCAAGGUAGGGUCACUUCCUGAUACUAGCAAGUGCACUGGCCACGUUGAACACCUCGUUUAUUUUUUAUUAUUUUUUUCAAACGUGUAUGAACUGAACAAGCGAUCAGUCAUGACAGACACUGUUCAUCAUCAAUGUAAAGACACUGGACUCUUCAGAGUACUACCUGCAGUAACAACAUUUACUGGACUCGGCAUUCAGCUUUCCAAAAUCUAGAUUGUCUGGAAAUGUAUUUAUUUCCAAUCUCACGGAUCUUGGGGUACUGGGUAUUGCUAUACAUUUACAUUUUAGUCAUUUAGCAGACGCUCUUAUCCAGAGCGACUUACAGUUAGUGCAUACAUUAUUAAUUUUUUCAUACCCCCUGUGGGAAUCGAACCCACAACCCUGGCGUUGCAAACGCCAUGCUCUAUCAACUGAGCUACUAUACUAACUAACUUGUAUUUUUCUGUAGAACAUGGUCCGUGCCCGUGACUCGCCCCAAUGUGGCGUAUGUGAGUUCAUGAUGAAGGAGGUGGAGACCAUGCUGGAGGAUGAGCAGACUGAGGUAGGUCACCCCAACAUGUUGCUCAGGAGUCAUGACCUGCUAGAAAACACUGACUGUGGUAAAGUACUAAAGGGUUUCAGGUUCAAACAGGAGUAGACUGAAACAUCACGCUGUUUUUUUUUUUUUUUAACGGAGUUAGAAAUUAUAGUUUUAUCAUGUAAAAAGUGAUUGCGCUCCACCUCGGGCAUGCUGGAUGAUGAAGACGGAGGUAAGAGACCAUGCUGACCAUAACAAGCUCUGAUCAGUUCGCUUGUCUUCAGGGACUGGUUUGUCUCAACUUGUCUUUUAUCAGAAUGAUCCGGAUUCUGUAAUCCCCCCUUUUUUUUUUUGCUAUCCAGGAUCAGAUCGAUCUGGCGGUUUUUAAGAUGUUUUUGAUUGAAAAAUAAUAAUUCUGAUCCAGAUACCACAAUAAUGAAGAUGACAGAAUCUGGAUUGUCAGUGCUUUGAACGGGCCUCGCCAUCUACUGGACAGGUUGUGGUAUUACUUCUACACGGUCGUAGGGAAACCGAUGAGGGAACUACAUGAAUAAAGAUGCCUUGAUUAAAAAUAAUAGAGCCUAUAUAUCACUUAGAAGUCAGUAGAUGCAUUUAUUUAACACUUCUCAAUAUAACACUAAUAUCACCAGCUCACUGGAUAACUCAAAUAAUUCUAAACACAAAUCCAUAUUGUUCAGAAGUCCACUGAAAAUACAACCCCCAAUAUCUUUCCAGUGAAUGCACAGUUUUCUGUGGGCACGGUCACUUGAUCUGCUGUUCAACUAGUCUGUUUUUCUGGCCUCUUUCCCCUUCAUUUGAGUUUUGAACAACGCAAAAAAAAAAAUUUUUAAUCCUGAUUUAAAGGGGAGAUCGGAUUACCAUAUCCCUAUCCGGAGGAUCAGAAUCUAAUUUUUCAGUUUUGAAAAACGGAAUUCUAUCUGAUUGGAGAAAUCCUAGCAGGUAACUUAAAAAAAAAACAAAAAAAAAAAACAGAAACUAUUCUGUCUGCAAUGUACAGCCUGAAUGAAUUAGUUGAUUCUCUUAAGUGAGUCAUUCGCAACCCUAACAAUGUUAUAUCUUAUUACAGUUUAUCUUCAUAAAUCUUCCUUAGGCCAAGUGUUCUUCUCUGUGUCAAGGACGAACAAGAACCUGUUUUAUAAUGCCUCUGGUCUUUGAACACGCAUUACUCUGACCCUGUGUGAUGGAUGGCUAAACGCAUUACUCUGACCCUGGUGUGAUGGAUGGGAACACGCAUUACUCUGACCCUGGUGUGAUGGAUGGGAACACGCAUUACUCUGACCCUGGGUGAUGGAUGGGAACACGCAUUACUCUGACCCUGUGUGAUGGAUGGCAGGAUGUUAUUUGUUCAAGCAGCAGUGGAUAUUGUUUCGCCAAGCUGCUGUCGUAUGAGAAUUGUCUCAACUGAAUAAAUGGUGUAUGGUCAAUGACUAAACUAGGAGAUGAAAGGAACAUCUAUCACAUGUAUUUAUAAAGGCCUUUCCAUCAGCACGUCACGGUGCUUUACAGAAACCCAGCCUAAAACCCCAAACAGCAAGCAAUGCAGAUGCACAGUGGCUAGGGGAAAAACUCCCUAGAAAGGCAGGGAACCUAGAGAAACGAGGCCCAGUGGUGGCCAGUCCUCUUCUGGCUGAGCCGGCCCAGUGGUGGCCAGUCCUCUUCUGGCUGAGCCGGCCCAGUGGUGGCCAGUCCUCUUCUGGGCCUCAGCCCUGUAAUCUAAGUCUCUCCUUUCCUCCCCUUCUCAGCAGGAUGUGGUGCAUGCUGUGGAGAAGGUGUGCUCUGUGCUGCCCUCCUCCCUGUCGGCCCAGUGUAAGGACCUGAUUGAGGCCUACGGCCAGGCCAUCAUUGAGCUGCUGGUACAGGAGGCUGACCCCAAGACUAUCUGCACCGUGCUGGGGCUCUGCAAGGACGCCAGCCGCGCCUUCAUCCGUGAGUAGAGUGGUUAUCAUCCAACGUGGGGUCUGAAAGGAAGUGAACGUGGGGUCUGAAAGGAAGUGAACGUGGCGUCUGAAAGGAAGUGAACGUGGGGGUGGUUCUAAGUAGGGUACACCAAAACGCAGUACAAUGGGAAGCACAUUUACUCAUUUUUCUUGGUUCAUCUCUUUAGCGGUUCUGGACCAGGCCCAGGUUGAGGCGGGUGGUUUCUGUGACGUGUGUAAGAUGGCUGUGCGGUACAUCGACGGGAUCCUGGAACAGAACGCCACAGAGGCACAGAUCGAAGACGCAGUCAGGAAAGUCUGCAGCUUUGUCCCAGAGGCCGUGAGGACCGAGGUGAGUUUAGGGACUCUUGAAAGCAGAGGCAAAUAUUACUGAGUGGACCAUCCUGGUUAAAUAAACAUGUGUUAACCACUUCUCCUCCAGUGUGACCAGCUGGUUGAGCAGUCUGUGACUCUGUUAACCACUCUCUGUCUCUCUCCUCCAGUGUGACCAGCUGGUUGAGCAGUCUGUGACUCUGUUAACCACUCUCUGUCUCUCUCCUCCAGUGUGACCAGCUGGUUGAGCAGUCUGUGACUCUGUUAACCACUCUCUCUGUCUCCUCCAGUGUGACCAGCUGGUUGAGCAGUCUGUGACUCUGUUAACCACUCUCUCUGUCUCCUCCAGUGUGACCAGCUGGUUGAGCAGUCUGUGACUCUGUUAACCACUUUCUGUCUCCUCCAGUGUGACCAGCUGGUUGAGCAGUCUGUGACUCUGUUAACCACUCUCUGUCUCCUCCAGUGUGACCAGCUGGUUGAGCAGUCUGUGACUCUGUUAACCACUCUCUGUCUCCUCCAGUGUGACCAGCUGGUUGAGCAGUCUGUGACUAUGUUAACCACUCUGUCUCCUCCAGUGUGACCAGCUGGUUGAGCAGUCUGUGACUCUGUUAACCACUUCUCCUCCAGUGUGACCAGCUGGUUGAGCAGUCUGCGACUCUGUUAACCACUCUCUGUCUCCUCCAGUGUGACCAGCUGAUUGAGCAGUAUGAGCCCAUGCUGGUUCAGCUCCUGCUGCAAAUGUUGGACCCUGACUUUGUCUGCAUGGUGAGCACUGGAAUUUUAAUUUAAUUUCUUUUAAUAUAGAAAAAGGGCAUCGGGAGAGUAAUGAUGAGGGUGAAAUCUACAGAAUAAAAUAUAUUGUCAAGGCUCUGAGUUAGUAAAAAGGAAUUCAGUUAACUGACUUGCCUGGUUGAAUGAAUACUUCCGUUACCUGAAUGCUAGUGUCUUGACAGUGGGCUCUGUGGUUGUUCCUGGUUACAGAAGGUGGGGGUGUGUCCUGAGGCAGUGCGAAGGCUUCUGGGUAUGGAGCAGUGUAGCUGGGGACCCGCCUUCUGGUGCAAGGAUAUGGACACAGCAAAACGCUGCAACGUGAGUACUGACUUAGAACAUACAGUCACUAGUCUGCACUGCAACCUGAACUCUUCCUGUCCACACAGUCCAUCUCAUAGUAACAACCGCAGUGAUCAGUGUUUCAUUCCAGGAAUGACCUGAAAAAUAGUUUUAUUAUCUGUGAUAAAAAAAUUAAAAAGCAAUACAAAUGUCUGCUCUAUGAAACUGUUAUUCUGGCUAUUCAUUACGAUUGGCCCGGGAAGCAUCGCUCAUCCAGACCUGUUCUUAGUCGUGUGUCUAAAGUACUGCUGAAUAUCACCGGAUGUAAACUAAAGGAUGAAACUAUCCCUUAGGGAAGGCCAUCUCGGUCUGAUCUGUUGGUCUUGUCUGUCCUCUGUCUGAUCUGUUGGUCUUGUCUGUCCUCCGGCUGAUCUGUUGGUCUUGUCUGUCCUCCCCAGGCGGUGGCACACUGCAGACGUCACGUGUGGGAAUAGAUCGGAGGAGAACGCCUACCUAAAUCUGAACCUUUGGGAAAUAUAAGGAGGAACACUAGCGCUGCUUUUAGUUUUAAAUCAAUGAAUACAUGUCACCGGUUUUUUAAGGUUUUGCAGUUGUUUAAUUUAAUCGUCCGAUUUUUUUUUUUUUUUUUUUUUUGAAGGGAGUGGGUGGGGAAGCCAUUUUCAGUUUGUUGAUGGGGGGGGGGGUGGGGUGAGUAUGUGUGGUUCUAGAGGGAAACUGACUGUUUAGUUACUGGGACAAACCUCCAAACAGGUGGUCGUACUGAUUAUGUUAAUAUACCUGGUUUGUGUAAUGCUCUCAUUAGAUAUAUUCCACGUUGCACACGUUAAACCUGGUCCUGGACUGAAAGCACUAUAUAAAUGGAAUGCUUCUUAGUCCAAGGCUAGGCUUAAUCUCUGUCCAUGAAACUGGCCCGUGAAGCAGACCGGUGGGAAGGUGGAUACUGCUGUGUCUGUGAAAGAGGGCUCGGAGACCCCCACCCCCAGUUGAAUUUUAGGGAAUCUCACCUUCGACCUCAGACCAGCUCUUUACCCUACCAGUGACUGCAAAUGGAAGAACCUGCUCGGACAGCAUCUAACCUACCUUCCUGGGAUAUUUUCAGUCUCAUCUCCUAAAGCAAGUUAAUCUCUUAUUUUGUAGAAACCAUUGAAUUGUGUUUAUUCUUGUUUAUUUUCUGUAUUACAUGAGCUUAUUUGAGAGUAAAGAUUGGGUGGGUCUGAAAUGAGUGGGCGGUUCCACUGGUGCUACAGUGAAACCGAGUGUUCUAUUCUAAAAUGUGCUGUCCCCCUCCCCAAUGCCCUGUGCUCCCCCCCCAAUGCCCUGUGCUGUCCCCCCCUCCCCAAUGCCCUGUGCUGUCUCCCUCCCCAAUGCUGUCCCCCCCCAAUGCCCUGUGCUGUCCUCCCCCCCCCCCCCAAUGCCCUGUGCUGUCCUCCCCCCCCCCCCAAUUUUUGCUAAUCAAUGUUUCUAACGUAACGAUGGAGAGCUUGUUGUCCAGUAAUCAGUCAGACUGAGACAGAAAUAAACUGUUCAGACUGAGACAGAAAUAAAAUGAUCCCCAAAUCCACUUGGUUUUUCUAAUUUGUCGUAUUCAUUAGUGCAAACUAAAACAUUUCAACAACCUUCUUUCUUAUUGGCUAAUAAGUUCAGGGAGUCCCUCCCCUGUUUCGGUUUGGUGUCUAGUAUGAAAAUCUGUUUGCAGCACACAGAAGCUGUUUGAGCCACUAAAAUGCAAUGUAUAUUGAACCCUACCAGAACUUGGGGGGGGCUUGAAUAAACAGAAAUUGAUCCUAUGGCCUCUAGAGCAAUUAGGGCUGGACAAGACAAUAUGGCAGAAUGAACAGCAUAACCGAUGAAGUGAGGAAAGAGGACAUUUUUAUUUUUACAACCAGGAAAUGUAGGGGAGAACAGGGUGAUGGAAAACAAUAGAUUUAACUGUUUGUAUCUUGCCAGAUAUCAUAAACAACACGUCAUUAGGUAUCAUAUCAUAAACAACAUGUCAUUAGGUAUCAUAUCAUAAACAACACGUCAUUAGGUAUCAUAUCAUAAACAACACGUCAUUAGGUAUCAUAUCAUAAACAACACGUCAUUAGGUAUCAUAUCAUAAACAACACGUCAUUAGGUAUCAUAUCAUAAACAACACGUCAUUGGGUAUCAUAUCAUAAACAACACGUCAUUGGGUAUCAUAUCAUAAACAACACGUCAUUGGGUAUCAUAUCAUAAACAACACGUCAUUGGGUAUCAUAUCAUAAACAACACGUCAUUGGGUAUCAUAUCAUAAACAACACGUCAUUGGGUAUCAUAUCAUAAACAACACGUCAUUGGGUAUCAUAUCAUAAACAACACGUCAUUGGGUAUCAUAUCAUAAACAACAUGUCAUUGGGUAUCAUAUCAUAAACAACAUGUCAUUGGGUAUCAUAUCAUAAACAACACGUCAUUGGGUAUCAUAUCAUAAACAACACGUCAUUGGGUAUCAUAUCAUAAACAACACGUCAUUGGGUAUCAUAUCAUAAACAACACGUCAUUGGGUAUCAUAUCAUAAACAACACGUCAUUGGGUAUCAUAUCAUAAACAACACGUCAUUGGGUAUCAUAUCAUAAACAACACGUCAUUGGGUAUCAUAUCAUAAACAACACGUCAUUGGGUAUCAUAUCAUAAACAACACGUCAUUGGGUAUCAUAUCAUAAACAACACGUCAUUGGGUAUCAUAUCAUAAACAACACGUCAUUGGGUAUCAUAUCAUAAACAUGUCAUUGGGUAUCAUAUCAUAAACAUGUCAUUGGGUAUCAUAUCAUAAACAACAUGUCAUUAGGUAUCAUAUCAUAAACAACACGUCAUUAGGUAUCAUAUCAUAAACACGUCAUUAGGUAUCAUAUCAUAAACAACAUGUCAUUGGGUAUCAUAUCAUAAACAACAUGUCAUUAGGUAUCAUAUCAUAAACAACACGUCAUUGGGUAUCAUAUCAUAAACAACACGUCAUUAGGUAUCAUAUCAUAAACAACAUGUCAUUAGGUAUCAUAUCAUAAACAACACGUCAUUAGGUAUCAUAUCAUAAACAACACGUCAUUAGGUAUCAUAUCAUAAACAACAUGUCAUUAGGUAUCAUAUCAUAAACAACACGUCAUUAGGUAUCAUAUCAUAAACAUGUCAUUAGGUAUCAUAUCAUAAACAUGUCAUUAGGUAUCAUAUCAUAAACAACAUGUCAUUGGGUAUCAUAUCAUAAACAACAUGUCAUUAGGUAUCAUAUAAUAAACAACACGUCAUUAGGUAUCAUAAACAACACGUCAUUAGGUAUCAUAUCAUAAACAUGUCAUUAGGUAUCAUAUCAUAAACAACAUGUCAUUAGGUAUCAUAUCAUAAACAACACGUCAUUAGGUAUCCUAUCAUAAACAACACGUCAUUAGGUAUCAUAUCAUAAACAACACGUCAUUAGGUAUCAUAUCAUAAACAACACGUCAUUAGGUAUCAUAUCAUAAACAACACGUCAUUAGGUAUCAUAUCAUAAACAACACGUCAUUAGGUAUCAUAUCAUAAACAACACGUCAUUAGGUAUCAUAUCAUAAACAACACGUCAUUAGGUAUCAUAUCAUAAACAACACGUCAUUAGGUAUCAUAUCAUAAACAACACGUCAUUAGGUAUCAUAUCAUAAACAACAUGUCAUUAGGUAUCAUAUCAUAAACAACACGUCAUUAGGUAUCAUAUCAUAAACAUGUCAUUAGGUAUCAUAUCAUAAACAUGUCAUUAGGUAUCAUAUCAUAAACAACAUGUCAUUAGGUAUCAUAUCAUAAACAACACGUCAUUAGGUAUCAUAAACAACACGUCAUUAGGUAUCAUAUCAUAAACAACACGUCAUUAGGUAUCAUAUCAUAAACAACACGUCAUUAGGUAUCAUAUCAUAAACAACACGUCAUUAGGUAUCAUAUCAUAAACAACAUGUCAUUAGGUAUCAUAUCAUAAACAACAUGUCAUUAGGUAUCAUAUCAUAAACAACACGUCAUUAGGUAUCAUAUCAUAAACAUGUCAUUAGGUAUCAUAUCAUAAACAGCAUGUCAUUAGGUAUCAUAUCAACAACAUGUCAUUAGGUAUCAUAUCAUAAACAACAUGUAAUUGGGUAUCAUAUCAUAAACAACAUGUCAUUAGGUAUCAUAUCAUAAACAUGUCAUUAGGUAUCAUAUAAUAAACAACACGUCAUUAGGUAUCAUAAACAACAUGUCAUUAGGUAUCAUAUCAUAAACAACACGUCAUUAGGUAUCAUAUCAUAAACAACACGUCAUUAGGUAUCAUAUCAUUAACAACACGUCAUUAGGUAUCAUAUCAUAAACAACACGUCAUUAGGUAUCAUAUCAUAAACAACACGUCAUUAGGUAUCAUAUCAUAAACAACAUGUCAUUAGGUAUCAUAUCAUAAACAACACGUCAUUAGGUAUCAUAUCAUAAACAACAUGUCAUUAGGUAUCAUAUAAACAACACGUCAUUAGGAAUCAUAUCAUGAACAACACGUCAUUAGGUAUCUUAUCAUAAACAACACGUCAUUAGGUAUCAUAUCAUAAACAACACGUCAUUAGGUAUCAUAUCAUAAACAACACGUCAUUAGGUAUCAUAUCAUAAACAACACGUCAUUAGGUAUCAUAUCAUAAACAACACGUCAUUAGGUAUCAUAUCAUAAACAACAUGUCAUUAGGUAUCAUAAACAACAUGUCAUUGGGUAUCAUAUCAUAAACAACACCUCAUUAGGUAUCAUAUCAUAAACAACACGUCAUUAGAUAUCAUAUCAUAAACAACACGUCUCCUCCAGUGUGACCAGCUGGUUGAGCAGUCUGUGACUCUGUUAACCACUCUCUCUGUCUCCUCCAGUGUGACCAGCUGGUUGAGCAGUCUGUGACUCUGUUAACCACUCUCUCUGUCUCCUCCAGUGUGACCAGCUGGUUGAGCAGUCUGUGACUCUGUUAACCACUCUCUCUGUCUCCUCCAGUGUGACCAGCUGGUUGAGCAGUCUGUGACUCUGUUAACCACUUUCUGUCUCCUCCAGUGUGACCAGCUGGUUGAGCAGUCUGUGACUCUGUUAACCACUCUCUGUCUCCUCCAGUGUGACCAGCUGGUUGAGCAGUCUGUGACUCUGUUAACCACUCUCUGUCUCCUCCAGUGUGACCAGCUGGUUGAGCAGUCUGUGACUCUGUUAACCACUCUCUGUCUCCUCCAGUGUGACCAGCUGGUUGAGCAGUCUGUGACUAUGUUAACCACUCUCUGUCUCCUCCAGUGUGACCAGCUGGUUGAGCAGUCUGUGACUCUGUUAACCACUUCUCCUCCAGUGUGACCAGCUGGUUGAGCAGUCUGCGACUCUGUUAACCACUCUGUCUCCUCCAGUGUGACCAGCUGAUUGAGCAGUAUGAGCCCAUGCUGGUUCAGCUCCUGCUGCAAAUGUUGGACCCUGACUUUGUCUGCAUGGUGAGCACUGGAAUUUUAAUUUAAUUUCUUUUAAUAUAGAAAAAGGGCAUCGGGAGAGUAAUGAUGAGGGUGAAAUCUACAGAAUAAAAUAUAUUGUCAAGGCUCUGAGUUAGUAAAAAGGAAUUCAGUUAACUGACUUGCCUGGUUGAAUGAAUACUUCCGUUACCUGAAUGCUAGUGUCUUGACAGUGGGCUCUGUGGUUGUUCCUGGUUACAGAAGGUGGGGGUGUGUCCUGAGGCAGUGCGAAGGCUUCUGGGUAUGGAGCAGUGUAGCUGGGGACCCGCCUUCUGGUGCAAGGAUAUGGACACAGCAAAACGCUGCAACGUGAGUACUGACUUAGAACAUACAGUCACUAGUCUGCACUGCAACCUGAACUCUUCCUGUCCACACAGUCCAUCUCAUAGUAACAACCGCAGUGAUCAGUGUUUCAUUCCAGGAAUGACCUGAAAAAUAGUUUUAUUAUCUGUGAUAAAAAAAUAAAAAAGCAAUACAAAUGUCUGCUCUAUGAAACUGUUAUUCUGGCUAUUCAUUACGAUUGGCCCGGGAAGCAUCGCUCAUCCAGACCUGUUCUUAGUCGUGUGUCUAAAGUACUGCUGAAUAUCACCGGAUGUAAACUAAAGGAUGAAACUAUCCCUUAGGGAAGGCCAUCUCGGUCUGAUCUGUUGGUCUUGUCUGUCCUCCGGCUGAUCUGUUGGUCUUGUCUGUCCUCCGGCUGAUCUGUUGGUCUUGUCUGAUCUGUUGGUCUUGUCUGUCCUCCGGCUGAUCUGUUGGUCUUGUCUGUCCUCCCCAGGCGGUGGCACACUGCAGACGUCACGUGUGGGAAUAGAUCGGAGGAGAACGCCUACCUAAAUCUGAACCUUUGGGAAAUAUAAGGAGGAACACUAGCGCUGCUUUUAGUUUUAAAUCAAUGAAUACAUGUCACCGGUUUUUAAGGUUUUGCAGUUGUUUAAUUUAAUCGUCCGAUUUUUUUUUUUUUUUUUUUUUUGAAGGGAGUGGGUGGGGAAGCCAUUUUCAGUUUGUUGAUGGGGGGGGGGGGUGGG